AUGCCAAAACGUCCAAUAACUUCCUACUUCACCGCCGCACCCUCCAAGAAGCCCAAGCUCUCACUCCACUCCGACCUACCACCAAGCACACACCCCUCCUACCCCUUCCCAAUCGCCUGUCUCCCGCCCUCGCUCGAAUUGUCGUCCACCAAACCAGUAGAGAAAGAUAACAAUGAGAAAGAUACCAAUGAGAAAGAUACCAACGAGAAGGAUACCAGUGGGGAAAAUGCUAAUGAGAAAGAUAUCAACGAGAAAAUCCCCCCGACCGCCAUAACGCACAAACAAGACCUCUCCAUCCUGCACUACCACCCCUUCCUGCACACCUCUCUGUCAAAAGAGCUAUUCCUCUUCCUCCGAAAGCAACUCCCAUUCUACAGGGUCGAGUACAGGAUUGCCAGAGCCGGCGUGGAAACUAACGUUAAGACACCCCGAUACACAUCCCUCUUCGGCGUCGACGCAAUCUCCUAUUUCCACCCUCACUCCGGCGAGCUACUAGACACAAAGUCCAAACACCCGGUUCCGCCAGACCGGUACCGGUGUAGUCCCCGACCGGUGCCGCAGUGCGUGGAGAUGCUGCGACAGUAUGUAGCGAAGCGUACGGGCUGCAGCUACAAUUUCGUACUCAUUAAUUAUUACGCUGACGGUAAUGAUUCGAUAUCGUAUCAUUCCGACGACGAACGGUUCCUAGGUGAGAAUCCGGCCAUAGCUUCACUGUCACUUGGCUCCCGGCGCGAUUUCCUCAUGAAGCAUAAAACUGUCCCAGCACUAACUCACACCUUUCCUCUCCCCUCCGGGGAUCUUCUCCUCAUGCGGUCCACGACUCAAUCUAAAUGGCUCCACUCUAUCCCGAAGCGCUCGUCAUCUUCCAGUACCGCUGGUGACUCUACGGCUUCGUGGGCGGGCGGCGGGAGGAUAAACAUCACCUUCCGUAAUGCGCUUGAGAGGGGCGGGACCGAGAAUUAUUACUGUUAUAAUAUUGGCAGCGGCCCAGUUUAUCGCUGGGAUGAUGUUUCGGGGAAGAUGGUGCUCAAGGCUUAA